GAGAAGGUCUAAUUACCGGACUUUGUGCUGGUGCAGGCUACACGUGAGUCGGAAGCUGUUCCCCACCGGAGGCGCGCGUGCGCUCUAACCACAGCACCGACGGCUUUUGCAAAGUGGCUGCUCGGGGAACUAUAGACAUCAGUCUGAAGCGCAGCUCCACUGGAGGACACGCACUGUGCAUCAACUCCCCUCAGCCGUCCGUGUGUGUGGGUCGUAGGAUAACAAACAUUCCCCAAAGAAGCUCAGGAGCGGAUAACCAGCAGCAGAGAAGUGAUGGAUGAAAGAAUACCGCAUUUACAGGACAGGCAGUUCAUGGAGCACGCAGAUUUCUUGGGGGUGGAUUACCCCUCUCUCUACAUGUGCAAAUCCAAAAGAGGAAUAAAACGAGAGGAUGGUGGGAAGCAGGACGCAUACAAGUUACCACACCGGUUGAUAGAGAAGAAGAGGAGAGACAGAAUCAACGAAUGUAUCGGGCAGCUGAAGGAUUUGUUACCCGAACAUCUGAAGCUGUCGACGCUCGGGCAUUUGGAGAAAGCAGUUGUCCUGGAGUUAACAUUGAAACAUUUAAACGCACUGACGGCUGUCACCGAGCAGCAGCACCAAAAGAUCAUUGCUUUGCAGAAUGGGGACCGGUCCAUGAAAUCCUCCAUUCAUGCAGAUCUGGAUGCGUUCCACUCCGGGUUCCAGGCCUGUGCCAAAGAGGUCCUGCAGUACCUGAGUCAGUUUGAGAACUGGACGACACGAGAGCAGAGGUGCGCGCAGCUCAUCAACCACCUUCACAAGGUGCUGGCGCAGUUCCAGCCCGGCGCGCCGCCGAUCCAGCACCAGCUACCCGCCGGGGACGCACAGGAUGGGCAGAAAACUGACAGUCAAGCCAACUGUGUCCCGGUCAUCCAGAGGACCCAAGGCGGGGAGCUUAACGAGAAUGACACAGACACGGACAGUGGAUACGGGGGCGAGGCUGAGAAGAGCGAUGGCAAAGAUAAAGAAUGUGAGCGCAAUAAGACGCAGGGACCAAAGGCAGUGAAGAUUAAGCAGGAGUUUGGAGAUGAACGCGCUGCCAAAAAACCAAAGAUGAACUGGUCUGGGAACGGGUUAGGGGGCGCAGACCCCACCAGGCCUGAUCUGGCGUUAAUGAACUCUUUGAUGGGAAUAAGCAGUGUUGGACAGCAGACACCAAUUUGCAUGCCUUUCUACUUCAUCAACCCCUCAGCCGCGGCGUCUUACAUGCCUUUGUUCGAUAAAAGCAACAUUGAAAAGUACAUGUACCCAGCGGCUGCCGCUCUUGCGUCCCCUUUCCCCUGGCUUUACCCUGCACACGCGUCAGCAGCGGCGGCCGCGGCAGCUGCUGCCGCUUUCCCCGGCUUGUCUGCGCACUUUGGAGCCUCCUCUCAGUCCAAGGACUCCCACUCUCCAGACAGCGAGGGGUCACAGGAGGCUGAGACAAGCUCACCUGAGGAGCGUGAGGAAAGUCUCGCGAGUGACGACGGGGAGGGUGACGUAGGUGAUACGUCCCAGGAGAACAAGAGCACCCCAGCUGAUCCGUUUUCUGCUUGUCCAACGAGCUAAUUUGUCUGUGUUACCUUUCUGUGCAUUCUGCUGAGAAAUUGAUGUAUAUUCAUUUUUUAAAAUUAGGCUAGUUUUAAAGCGAGGUUUCACAGAAAGUGAGUUUCUCGUGUACAAGAUCUUUGCGAAACAGGGGACAGUUGUGACGGCGCGUGCCUUUUGCACUAUGCUAGAUUAAUCAAUCUGAAUGAUUAUCGACAAUGAUUGACACUAGUACACGACUGUGUUGUGCUGGAGUUAGUUUUUUAUCCUCUUUGAUAAAAUAUUUUGAAAUGGCAGCAUUGGUGCCAAAAACUUUGAGUACUAUACCAGUGGGCAAUAUCCCAAUCAGCGAGUCUCUUUGGAUGUAUGAAGUUGCAACUGACCUCUGCCAAGGUUAUAAAGAGCCUGGCUGACUCUGACUGUAAAUAUGAUUACCUGGAGGACAGUCGGAUUCAUUAAUAUGUAAAUGUGCACUAAAUGGGCCUAUAAAAGAAGUGCUCCUGGAAGUGUAACGCCUACAGUACCUCAUCCCCAACUUUGCACGGGGUAGGCUUAUUACUGUCCCUCACACACACACACACACACACACACACACACACACACACACACACACACACACACACACACCAGCUACUUUAACAAUCACACAUUGACAAUAAUGAGAUAAAUGGAGAGAUAUUGUGCCAGAUUUCCUUCAUCUCACCUUUACAAAUCUUCAGUUUGCUCUGGUUUCCUUUACUUGUUUGUAUGUUGUGAGGAAAAACAAAACAAAUAAAAAGAAAAAAAACAAUCAUAAAGAAGAAACCUUGCAUUCACAAGGGGCUGCUUGACCAGCAUAUUGUACAUCCCCUGAAUGAGGCAUUUCUGCACAGAGAUGCAGUGACCUUCUGUACCUCCAGAAAACAUUGUAGGAUAGCACCUUAUAGAUCUUUGAUAUUGAAUGUACCUGUAUUUUCCCAGCUGUUAAAGUUUGUACGUAGGAUGAUCUUUACUCUUUGAGACGUAAAGUGCACUUUUUUCUGCUUCGACUCCCCCCCAGCAGUCACCUUAUCAUUUUGAAAGUCAAUCACUGUAGGUCUCUUUGAACCCUUUUAAUGUACUGAGUUGUCUUGAAAUUAAAAAAAAAAAAAAAAAAAAAAAAUGUAACGUCAAUUUAAAAGAGGGAGCAGAGACACAGGAUGCUUCAUGAUGAUUCAUGCAGUAAAGUGGUGAUCAAGUCAUUUUAACAAAAACACUGCUCAUUUCUUGCUCUGUCACGGCAAAAUUAUUCAAAUCGUAAUCAGAUGUGAAAACCUCUGCACCCCAUUACACGCCAGCCUAUCCCUGAUUCUGUGUUAUAUGCUAUCAUUAUGUAAAACCUUGCUUUUCCAAUAUCUGACAAAGGUGGGAAAGAAGCCGAUCAGUUAUGAUCUUUAACUUUACCUUGGCCUGUUUUCUAAGAGAUUAAUUCCUGCAAGUGUAGUGUUGUUCAGCUUUUUUAAGUUUCACACGUGACUGAAUAAACAGAUGAUUUUCAUGGUAUUUUGCAUACAUGACAUUGCUUUUGUAGUUUUCUUCAGCUGGUUUUGCCUCAAAAUCUGUUAUCAACUGUUAUAUAAAGUGGCAUGUGUGUCUGUAAAUAGUUUUUGUGAAUAUACCAUAAAGUAUACAUGUCUAUGUCAAUGUUGUAGAAGUCUAUGGAUUUUUUUAAAGAUUUAACUGAGCAACUGUUGCACAUUUCGUUAAUGCUUUACACAUAUGCUGUUCUAAAUUAU